AUGCCGCUCGUCAUAUUAACGGGAUACCCGUGUUCCGGCCUCACUCACCGUGCAAAGCAGCUCGCAUCGCUGCUCGAAAAACACCAAGAUGAAUUAUUCGCGGCCUCCGAAGCAGGCACGCCAGUCUCAUUGAAGUCCCGAUACGCGGUUCACGUUGUCGCCUCUCAUGACUCCUCACACCCUCGCAUUGUCUAUGACCAUGCCCGUACAGAGAAGGAGGCGCGUGGUGUCGCUUAUGCGAGGGCCAAGCGCGUGCUCAAACGGGACAGCAUUGUGAUUCUCGACGGAAUGAACUAUAUCAAGGGAUGGAGGUACCAGCUUUGGUGCGAGGCUAAAGCCGCGCAAACAACUUGCUGUGUGGUUCAUGUCGGAACACCUGUCGACCAAUGUGUCGCAAUCAACGAUGCUCGAUUGCGCCGUCAAGCUACAGAGAAUCAAGAUAAAAGCACAUCAGAUGCACAACCCGCCGAACCCAGUGAGACACCGGCAUCAGCAACUGACAGACAAUCCGCCCCCGACAACGAAGAGCCAUACCCCGCGGAUUUGCUCAACAACCUCAUUUUCCGCUAUGAAGAACCCAGCACUCACAGCCGCUGGGAUAAGCCGCUCUUUACAGUACCCUGGGAUGACCCUCAACCUCCAGUGGCAGAUAUCUUCCAGGCCUUGACCGGCGUCGUCCUCCCAACCACCGAAACGGAAGCCCCGACCUCAAUCCCAAGCCUAACCGAUGUCCUAGCAAAUUCCACCAUCUCCGACACAGCCAGCAUAGCAACUGGCGCACGAACAAUUGGCGGCAGCCGCAGCGGCCUCUCAACCAGGCCUAAGAUCGUUCCCCAUCAAGCAACCGUGCAAGCAGCAGCCACAGACUCGAAUGCGAUGUAUGCAAUGGAAAAGAAGACAUCAGCCGUCGUAUCAGCAAUUCGCGCAUUUACUUCCUCGACUCCAUCCGCGGAGGUCGCGCUCGCGCAGAGUGCCAAAGCUGACGGAAUUCCCAUUGAGGUUCCGGGUUCGACUGUACCAGUCUUUAUCCCGGCGCAUGUUGCCAUGUCCGGUACGACGGAUGAGCUUGCAGGCGCUGGAGGGAUUUUGGCUUUGCCGAAGCUGCAGAGAUUGCGGAGGCAGUGGAUUAGUUUGAACAGGGCUUAUAUUGGCCGUGGACAUGGUGCUGGUGGGCCCGGGGCUUUGACGGCUGAUCAAGUUGGGGAUGCGUUUGUGCGCUUCCUCAAUGCUGAGUUUGGAGGCAGGGAUACAGCGGAUGGUGGGAAUUAG